UCUCCUUCUUUGCUUGUGCUGCGUAACAGACGAUCAGAGUUAUCAGACACUCGUGUUGGUGAACUUGUGUUUAGUGAAUGAUAUCUCUGAGCUUUGUAGGUUGAGUUUUGUUUUUGUUGAAGAUUUUGGUUUGAUGCUCAGAUAUUUGGAGUAUCUUUCAUGGCUUAGAUGGGUUUGAGGAUGAAUCCACAGAUUUUAGUUGAGGUUUCUUGACUUGUUGAAGGAUGCAGUGCAGGAAAUAGUUGAGCUUUCUUAGGACCUAGAUACGCAGUUGUAACCUCUCUGGACCUGAAGAUAUGUUUGACGGCACUAUGCUUGGAAAUGCAGGAGUUUUGAUAUAGAUCAUUCUUUGUGGAACCAUACCUUAUCCUGUACCUAUGGCUGUUUUCUUAGCAUCAGUGCAGUACUUUCUGUUUGACAUCAGAGAUUCCUAGGUAGUUCUCUGUGUUUUGUUGGAUUGGAGUAAGCAGUUUUGGAAUACAACCCCGUUUGUAUUCAUGAGUUUUAUUUUAUCUAUACACCAAUAUGAUAAGUAUAAGUUUCUGGUCAAUAAUGGUCUUGAUCAGAAUAAUAGGCUUCUUUUUUUAGUGGACUUAGUAUGAGAAAGCAUUUUCUGUGGAUUUUUUGUGGGCACAUAAGGUAAAGUGAAAGUGAUCUGAGGUAACAUGCCAGUUGCAAGGGUUAAGAGUAUGGUUGGCUAGAGGCUAAUCUCCACCAUUGUUUUGAUUAUGGUGGGGAAAGAUACUGGCCGUCCACGAGGUUUUGGGUUUAUUACAUUCACUGAUCGCCGAGGAGCUGAUGAUGCAAUUAAGCACAUGCAUGGGAGGGAGUUGGGUAAUAGGGUCAUCUCAGUGAACAAGGCUGAGCCCAAAAUUGGUGGAGACGAUGCAGACCAUUUACAUAAGGGUGGAGGCUAUUCAUCCCGAGGGAAGGGCAGCGAGGAUGAGUGCUUUAAGUGUGGACGCCCUGGUCAUUGGGCUCGAGACUGCCCAUCAACUGGUGGUGAUCGAGGACGGGUUAGAGAUCCUCUUCCAUUGCGCUCUAGACUUGGAGGAUUCGAUGGACAUGGAGAUCGCUAUGGAGAUCGUGAACUAGAGCGGGAGCGUGACCGUGACCGUGACCGCUACUUGGAUGCACGCCGUGAUCGUGAUGUGGGACGAUAUAGCUAUAGGGACCGCUUUGAUGGUGGAGACAAGUAUGAACCUCGUGAUCACUAUCCAAUGGAGAGAUACGCACCACCUGGAGAGCGUUUGGUGAUUGAUAGGUAUGGGAUGCCUGAGCAUCAUCAUCAUCAUCAACUUGAGAAUGAAUACCGCGGGAGAGAGAGAAGCUAUGAGAGGGAUAGAUACGCAAGGGAUACAAGUGAUAGGUAUGGAGCUAUGGGACCAUUACGCGAUGAGGGAAGACCCUACAGAAGCAGACCUGGUCCUUAUGACCGUCCUAGCCGAUCUGGAGGCCGACCUUCAUCAUAUGAACGUUGGUAGUUUGUUUGGCAGAGAUGUCAAUGCUUCUGUUCUGGAGUUAGGUCGAGAUCAGAUAAAACUCGGUUAUGCUUUUUUUGUGGAAUAUAAUGAUUCUUGAUCAGACUAAAUAGCUUUGUGUUCAAUGACCCUAUCGAUUCCCACAAGAACACUUGAAACAGAGCUUUGCUUUAAGCUCACUCAGAACACAAUUGAGUAAAACCCUGAAGUUGAAACUUAAGAUUUGCCAUACAAAUUAACAUAAACAAAAAAAGGAGGAAACUUUGGGAUUACAAUGGAAGAAAAAAGAGUUACACUAGCAAGACAAAAAGGUUCUGCAAAAAUCUUCUUCAAUCAGAAGAGAAUACAAAAAAAAAAA